UGGCACGGGUGAACACGCGGCUCGUUUCGAGGCACGCAUUUUCACGACCGUGACUUCCGUACCGGUGUUUUGUGCAUCGUUUACGAUCACCUCCCGGAGGUGGGAACCACCACCUCCUCCUCCUCCUCUUGCUCCUCCUCCUCCUUCUACUCCUCAGCCACUAGCAGUCUCUGUAGCACUGACAACGACACUCUGGACGAAGAAUUCCGGAAUCAACGAAUAGUCACUGAUCAAGAAUGUUUCUUCAACGUUUUGUCACAGUGUUACAUGUCGGAUCAUACUUCACGGAGUAACGUAAAACGACGAUGAAAUAGUGAAAAUGACAUUAGCUUCUUGAAACAGCAAAGGAACCAGAAGAGACAGUGCCAGACGACGACGGUAAUCCGUGCGAUCACUGUGACAUCUUGCCAGCCAACGUAGAACCUUUUUCUUAAGGUAACAUUGUUGAUACGUGCAACUCCUUGUAUUCGUUUAACGAUGGAGGAUUCCAUCACUCUUGAUGAACUUCUGGAAAAACGAUGCGAUAAAUUACAAUGUCUGGAAAUCACAACGGUAUUAUUUAAAAGUAAGGAUGCAGUUAAAGAAGACCUUUUUAAAAUUAGCACCAAUGUAACCCAAAUAUCUGAUGGCGUCAAUGAAUUAAGAGAAGAGUUGAAUAAAAUGAGGGAUCAAAAUAAUCAAUGUCGGGAAUUGUUACUGAUGAUACAAGAAUUGAACAAUAAAAUUGUUCACAUGGAAAAAAAUAUUCCACCUCAAUUAAUACGUAGCUUCAAUGAUGGUGAGAACGAGUUGGGUUCUGUUCUGAAAGAAAUAUUGUCAAUUAAUGAAGAGGUAGCAGUAGAGAGUGAUGUAAAGAUUCAAAAGAAAACUCCAGUAAAGGAUUGCAGACAAGUUUUGUAUAAGGAACCUGAUGUUUAUCCAACAAUUCGUUUAAUAACACAGGACGAAUUCAAUACUAUUCCAAAGUAUAUUAUUGGAAGACAGUCUCUGGAUGCAGUGAAUAGUCUGAUAAAUUCUAUUAACCAGAUUUUAAAAGCAAAAUAUACACUUUUAGCGAUGGGGAAAGUACAUGCUAGAAAACAAGAUAAUAUAAGUCUGUAUCUUCAUUAUAAGAAGCAAGAUUUAGAUAUUUGUACUGAUAAUGAGUAUAUAUAUUUUUUCACUGAUGAGGAUUACGAAUUGCAUACCAAAACCAAACUUAAUAGAACUAAGUUAAACCUAAUAACCGUUCUAAGACACUGUAAAAGAUUGAGGGAACACAGGGCAAGGAAUAAUUUGCGAUAUGUUGUAAUAAUAGAUUGAAAUACUUAAAGAACAUAUAUGUAAGAAUAUAUAUAUAUAUAUAUAUAAGAGAAUGAUAUAAUUAUGGGUACACCAAAAAUAUAUUAAAUGCAAUUAUUAAGAAUAAGAACAGAAAAAUAUUUGU